AUGCAGCUGUGGGUGUUCUUCUUCGUGAUCCUCACCCUCAGCAGUGGCUCUCACUGCUCCCUGCCCCCCUCCAUGCCCCUCAGGAUGCAGCGGUAUGCAGAUGCCAUCUUCACCAACAGUUACCGGAAGGUGCUGGGCCAGCUGUCUGCCCGCAAGCUGCUCCAGGACAUCAUGAGCAGGCAGCAGGGAGAGAGAAACCAGGAGCAAGGAGCAAAGGUACGACUUGGUCGUCAGGUGGACAGCGUGUGGGCAGACCAAAAGCAGAUGGCGCUGGAAAGCAUCCUGAUGGCCCUGCUGCAGAAGCACAGACACCAGGAGCCCAGAGUUCUCACCAGCUACAGCCCUGUGGAGAUACAAGCAGUGGCAGGUCUGCAGGAAGAUGACAGGAGGGGAAUUCCCAAGGAUGAAGACUCCGCCUGUGGUUUAGGUUACCUGGAGCCAAAACACAACUGGAUCCAGUUAAUCCUAUUUCAUUUCUGA